AGCGCUGCGCGUCCCCGGCGUGUCGCCGCCUCCCCGAGCAGCAGCUCUCCCUCCGGCGUCCGCCCCCGCCGCACCGCCGGCGGGCGGGCCGCGGGGGACCCGUGCCCGGGCGGCAGCCGGGCCAGCAGCGGGUCGGAGGAGAACCGCCGCCGCAGCCGCCGCAGCCGCCGCAGCUCGUCCCGGCGCCAGGACGGGGAGAGCCGAGCCUCGCCGCCGCCUGCCUCCGCCAUCGCCGGCGCGGGGCGGAAGCCGACCGCCGCCCCGUCGGUUUCGCUCCCGGGAGGCGCUUCGAGAUGGGGUCUGAAGAUGAACAGGAGCCUAAGACCAACCAGGAGGCACAAGCAGUUGUUGGGAACACAGACCCCACUAGUGCCAAACAAGAUGCUGAACACGAAGAGGCAGUUAGUUCCCGGGUGCAAAGGAUAGAGAGGUGCUGUAAAGAGUGUUUCCUGCAGUCAAAACUCUUUUGGCUAUGCCUAAUUUUUGGAUUUCUGCUGGUGAUCAUCAUUACAUUUGCUGUAAAACAUGAGAUAUCUCACCACAGAAAAUUUCCUCUUGAACAGUGUCCCAGCGAGUGGAUAGGUUAUAAAAAGAAAUGUUACUUCAUCUCAGAGGAAGAAAAAAACUGGACAUCUAGUCAGACCUUCUGCGCUAAGAAUCAAUCCUUGCUGGCCAUUUUUGAAAACCAGGAAGAAAUGAAUUCUUUAGCUAAACGUUUGAAUAUAGAUGACUCCUGGAUUGGAUUGCGCAAGAAAGGUGAAACCUUCUACUGGGAGAAUGGCAUUGCCUUGAAGGAGGACUCUUUCCAGAUACGGAAUCACUCUGAAUGUGCCUACUUGGAUGCUUCCACUAUUUCUACAUCAGCAUGCUCUUUGCCCAGGCGCUGGAUCUGUUUCCAGCUUCCCUGAAGCGACGACUUAAAUCUUCACUUGAUGUUGACAGUUAAGACAUAACCAUCAUACGGUCACUUUGGAUACAUGGCAGGCUUACUGUGGCCACACUGUCUCAGACCAUCUGGAAGCCUAAGUUGGAGAGAAGAGGAUUUGUCUCCGCUUCUAAAACAUGCUUCUGGGUGUUCACUGCUAGGACAGAAGAGGAAUGUGCUUAGUCCAGUUUACAAAUCACCUGCAGUGGAGUAUACGAGUGCUGACUGAUGAAGCUGAAGGUUCAGUGGGAUAGAUCUGUGCUGAUCUUCUGAUAAAUAAGGAUCUCUUUCGUGUUUUCUUUCUUCUCAGCACAUGGCCUUGAGGAUAUGCAGCAGCCAGAAACAUCAGCCAGCCAGCACGUCUGCAGACAAAUCAGGGCUCUGGUUUCUCCAGAAAUGCUUCACUGAACUUUGUAUUGACUAUUUCAGUACAUUUCCCUAUGAGACAGUGUUCUGACCACACCUUAAGCCCCCAUUUGUCCCUCUUACCUCUUUUUAUUUCUGCACCUGGGUGAUUAAUCUUAUGUGUUUUUAAGUAAAGAAAUAUAUUCAGUUUGCACUGUGGCCAGUCUCUGGCCAUCACUGACAUCAACACUUCCUGUGACUGGAGUGAUGGAAACUUCAGUACUUACUAAAGGAAGGAAGGAACUUAAAAAGCCUAUCCUACUCCUCCAGCUUUUCGUGUGGUCUUUCAUGUUGAUGUUUACCAGGUUUGUUCAUGCUAAGAUUUGAGCUUGUUCAGAAAAUCAACAGGCACCCACCAGUAGGAUGAUUUGUGCCCAUUUGCAUUAUCUGCACACCUAGUGCACAGCCAUCUGAGGAAAAGUGCACGUUCAGGGUUUUUUUGCACCCCGUGGAAGCAGUGUUUUGUCUGUGCAGAAAAUGUCCUGCCACUGGAGAGUGUAGCAUUUACUGAUCACAAAGCGCAGGAUGACAGUGUUCUGAGGAGGCAGCGGUGGCAGGGGGGGGGACGUGAGAGCUGCCACCAUUUGCUGGUACCCCUGUGCUGAAGCUUCCCAGGCAUCAUCAGCACAACAUUUCAGCUGCUCCGUUCCCGGAGUGGGUGUGAGAGGUCUGCGUGAGCUUCUCACAGUUGCACUGUGUUUGCAAAAAUCUACAGCAGGUGGGUAGAGCAGAGAGCUGGGGGCAGUAACUUCGUUUGCCUCAGGGAGAUCAGCUGGAAUUUCUGUUGGAGCCUUCGGUUGGCUGGUUACUGAAAGGACACCAACAGAGACAUUUACAUUUCUCUACCACUUGCAUCUUACCUGCUAACGAUGAUAGAGUCAUCGUUUAGGUUGGAAAAGACCCUUAAGAUCAUCAAGUCCAACUGUAAAUGAUGUAGCAGGCUGGUAAGAAGUGCCUGGAAAGUGACCAAUAUAUACACAUGAUGCUAAAGGUGACAGGUUGUGUCACUGAAUUACUUUUUGAGAUCCUGUGUGGAGGGACACUAGUCCUGAAUCAGGUCCCACUGAUGGCAGCUUCCCACCCAAGUGCUUCCACAGCUAACUGCACGCAGGUUAGCCCUGCUUUACACUGGUGCAAAUUAAGUCAGAACUCACGCUCUGCAUUUCAGAAGCUGGACAGGUCAUUAUGACUUACAUAAAUAAUUUAUUUUGAUAGACUACGACGAGGAAUGUAACGAACCUCAAAGACCUGCAAUGUGAAAAGUUCCCUUUAUAAGCUCCUGGGAAGAGACUUUUUGAUAGAGGGAGUAGAGGAGGAGGUGUAAGACAGUUUGGGGCUCUUAGCUACUGUAACUUGGAUGUUCUGUCUGGGAUUCUGAGAUAACCAAGAGCUGUCUUGAUCAAAUUGCACUUGUAGACAACUACAGAUUUUGUUUUAUAUUUGUCUACGCUGAACUAAGCUAUUUUCUGUUAUCAACAGAUUUCCCCAUGUUGGAAGUUUUAAGGGAUUUUUGUUGUUAAAAGAAAGGUCUGACUGAGAUCAUCAGCUUUCAGGAAGCACAAGUGACUGGUGUGCCAGUCAGCUGUAUUUGCACAUGGACACACACUUUCAGCUUGUUCUUCUGAAAUUAGUGUUCAGGAUCAGGUGCUGAAGACAUAUCAUACCUGUACACAGUAAGCAGCAAAGGGAGGGAAUUACCCAAGAGUGACAGUGUCACGCUCACACAGGACUGUGUUAAAUAAGCAUUUCAAUAACUGAUUGGAACAUUUUUAAACAGAGAUGGGAUGGCUUAAAUGUCUAGUUAUGCGUGAUUCCUUGAAGUUCAGCACAACUGUUAUUUUUCUCAUAGGUUCAUUUGUAAGUUGUAUAAUAACUCAUUAAACAGAUCCCUUCCUUGCAAA